GGGGACGGAGAGUUUCCCCGCACCGGCACCUCCAGCGCUCAGUAUGGGGCGCCCCGACCGGACCGGCUGCAGGUGCCUUCUGCUGCUCUCUCUGGUCUCUAUCUGGGGGGUAAGUGCUGAUGAGCCUCCCCCUGAACUGCCCCCUCAGGAUUCUUGGGGAGAUCUGUGGCUCGUGCGUUUUAUCCUGAAUGUUGGGGGUUAUGGGACCAUCCUCCUGCCGGGUUUCCUGCUCAUCCGCUACUUCAAGCGCAGCAACUACUUAGAGACCGGUAGAGGCCUCUGUUACCCUGUGGUGAAAUCUUGUGUUUUUGGCCAUGAGCCCAAGUCUUUGGCCCCGGAGGAAACCGCUGCAGCCCCCCGGGUUGAGGGGGACCCUUCCACUGCUCAGCAGGCCCUGAAGCUUCUCUUCUGCGCAGCCGGACUCCAGGUCUCGUAUCUGACGUGGGGAGUCCUACAGGAACGCGUAAUGACCCGCACGUACGGCUCGGAGGAAGGAAGCCCCGGGGAGCGUUUCCGCGACUCCCAGUUUCUGGUCUUUAUGAACCGCAUCCUGGCGCUGACGGUGGCCGGCGUAUACUGCAGCAUUAGCAAGCAGCCGCGUCACGGGGCCCCCAUGUAUAAAUACUCCUUCGCCUCCCUCUCCAACAUCCUGAGCAGUUGGUGCCAGUACGAGGCCCUCAAGUUCAUCAGUUUCCCCACCCAGGUCCUGGCCAAGGCCUCCAAGGUCAUCCCAGUCAUGCUGAUGGGCAAACUGGUGUCGCACAAGACCUACGAGUACUGGGAGUACCUGACGGCUGUGCUCAUCUCCGUGGGGGUCAGCAUGUUUCUUCUGUCCAACGGGGGGGGCAACCGGCCUUCGGGGGUCACCACCUUCUCCGGGGUGGUCAUCCUGUCCGGCUACAUCGUCUUCGACAGCUUCACGUCCAACUGGCAGGACUCGCUCUUCAAGUACAAGAUGUCCUCCGUGCAGAUGAUGUUUGGGGUCAACCUGUUCUCCUGCCUCUUCACGGUGGGCUCACUCCUGGAGCAGGGGGCCCUCCUGGAGGCCGUUCACUUUAUGAGCCGGCACCCCGACUUCGCCUUCCACGCCGCUCUCCUCUCCAUCUGCUCGGCCUUCGGGCAGCUCUUCAUCUUCUACACCAUCAACAAGUUCGGAGCCGCCAUCUUCACCAUCAUCAUGACUUUGCGCCAGGCGUUGGCCAUCUUGCUCUCGUGCUUGCUGUACGGGCACCCCGUCACCGCAGUGGGAGGAGUCGGGGUGGCGGUUGUCUUCCUCGCCCUCUUCCUGCGGGUCUAUGCCAGGGGGAGGAUGAGGAAGAAGGGCAGGAAGGCUGCAGAUACCCCAGUGGUGCAGAAGGUGUGACACCUGUGUUACCAUAGGCCCCGCCCCAGUGCCGAAUGAGAUUCGCCACGUUGGAUGAGACUUUAAUGGAACCACAAAUAAGUACCCGCCCCUUUAAUGACUCUUCCCCCCCCCCCCCCUCAUGUGAAUAUCAUUUUAAUACAUUUCUCUAUGAACUUAAUGGCAUUUUUUCUCUUUAGCCAAAAGGGGCUGAAACCUGAGAGACCCAGCGACUCCCCGCAGCCUUAAACUCAAUAUUAUAAACUGGUACAGGGGUAGUUGGGGUGCUGGUAGGGAUCCCCCCAUGUUCAAAUGAAACUUGCCCCCCUCUAUUUUUUCUAGUUUCGGAGCAGAUUGUUCUGCAGUAUUAAAGGGUAAAUUUCCUUUUU